AUGCUCCGAAUGAUCCCAAUUCUCACACUAAUUCUUCUGGUGCAGGCCGAUGGAAAUCAGAAGCCAGAAGAAGCGAUUUUGGAAGAAGACCUCAACACCACUACGACCACUACCGUCGCCCCAAUUUCCACAAGGAAGCCUUUCAACGUCAUACUACAUCCAUUAUACGAAAAACCAGAAGAAUCAAAAGAGGACGAUUGGGCGAUGUUCAUUUUAUUAAUUGUUGUUUCUGUUCUUUUCACUGCUUGCAUGUGCUCUGUUGGGUUCUAUAUCGCCGGAAAUCGACAAGUGGCACCGAAUGAUAAUCGCCAACCAGUACGUCGACAAGAGAAUAUUCCACUGAAUGAUAUGAAUUGA